AUGACCAAUAACAGCAGCUCACCUGGCGUAUGGGAGACCUCUGAUUGGUCCGAGUCAGGCCAGUGCCCGCCCUCAGUGGGCGGGGCCACAUUCCUUAUUGUGGCCUACAGCACGGUGAUCGCGGUGGGGUUGCUAGGCAACGUGGGCCUGGUGUUCAUCAUUGGGCGGCAGAAGGAGCUGCGUAACGUCACCAACAUUCUGAUCGCCAACUUGUCCUGCUCGGACAUCCUGAUGUGUGUGGUGUGUCUGCCCGUCACCGUCAUCUACACUCUAAUGGACCGCUGGGUACUGGGGGAGGCACUCUGCAAGGUGAGAACACAGUUCCUGCGCCUGUAUGUUUGUUGGAUAACCGUUCCAUGUUUGUUUGUGUCUGUAAUCCAUCUUUUUUCUCCUCCCUCUCCCUCUCUUCUCCCUUAUAUAUCUCCUCUCUUUCCUCUCAGGUCACUCCAUUCGUACAGUGCGUGUCAGUGACGGUGUCUAUAUUCUCCCUGGUGUUGAUUGCGUUGGAGCGCCAUCAGUUGAUCCUGCACCCUACUGGCUGGUCCCCAGCAGCAGGCCACUCCUACCUGGCCGUAGGUCUCACCUGGUUGGUCGCCUGCUUCAUAUCCCUCCCCUUCCUGUCCUACAACAUCCUGACCGACGAUCCCUUCCAGAAUCUCACCCUGCCCGCCAACCCCUUCAGGUGAGUCAGUGUGUGUGUGUGUGUGUGUGUGUGUGUGUGUGUUUGAUUGUGCGUGCCAGAUGUAGCACUCUCUCUCUCUCUCUAUCUCUCGCUCUCUCUCCUCAGAGACCAUGUGAUCUGUAUGGAGAAAUGGCCGACAGAUAGACACCGUCUGGCCUACACCACCUUCCUGCUGCUGUUCCAGUACUGUGUCCCUCUGCUAUUGGUGCUGCUCUGCUACCUCCGCAUCUUCCUACGCCUACGUCGACGCAGGUGACACACACAUGCACGCACACACACACGUGCAUGCACACUCACACGCAAGCAAGCAGGCACACACGCACACACACACACACAGGACAGUCAAAGAAUUGGCAAAUUAAUGAGUCCGUGAAUAGUCAAUGAAGUCAUUGUGGAGAAAAGUUGAAGACAAAUGAUAGUCUGCCUACUAAGACGCAGGUAAUACAUCAGGACAGGAUUCAAUGAAUGGUAGUCAAUGAAUUACCAAUGAUGAAUAGGAGAAUGAAACAAAUGAAUGAGUGCCGUAGUAGUCCAAUGAUAAUCAAAGAGGAUAGCCAGUGAACAAUUCAUGAGUAAAUGUAAAUGUUCAUGAAGUUAACGAGUACCUGGUAUAGUGUGGUAUAAAUCCCAUCCAUGUAGUCCGUUCCUGUGGCCCCCCAGUGAUCAAACAAAAGUAAAGAACAUAUGCGUAAAGAACAAAUAAACAGACUAUGAAAACAAAAGUCCAUUCCUGUGUUUCUCCCAUCCAGGGACAUGGUGGAGCGGAGCCGGAAGGCCCGAGGUGCCCAGAGGAUCAAUGCUAUGCUGGCGGUCAUCGUAGCCGCCUUCGCCCUUUGCUGGCUGCCGCUCAACGUGUUCAACACGAUAUUUGACUGGCACCACCAGGUGCUGCCCGCCUGCCAGCACGAUGCUUUGUUCUCUGCCUGCCACCUCACCGCCAUGGCCUCCACCUGUGUCAACCCUGUGGUGAGUGGACUGGACUAGAAUUUAAUUUCUUUGAACUUCACUUAAUUGAAUUUAACUGAAUUGAAAUUAACUUAAUUUAAUUGAACUCAACUGUAUUGAUAAACAUUUGGGAAAUGGAAAUGUCAUUACAAACAUAUUAAUGUGCUGGUGCUCUACAUUAAAACAUUUUCUACACACACACACACACACACACACACACACACACACACACACACACACACACAGGUGUACGGCUUCCUGAAUAGUAACUUCCAAAAGGAGUUGAAGGUUCAGCUGCAGCGCUGCCACUGUGGCCUGGGGGCGCCAGAGAGCUAUGAGAAUUUCCCGCUCUCUACCGUCGGCAGUGAUGGGAUCACCAAGAUGUCGAUGCUGAACCGGGCAGGGUCAAUGAGCACCGCGCUGCCGCCACGGGGCGAGCCCAGUGUUAGCAUAUGCAGCUAA